AAGAAAAGCGAAAGGACAAGCAUCGAUGCACUUCAGUCAGGAGCGAGAACUAGUUCCGCCUCUUUCCCUUCCGAAGACGUCAAACGUGAGGUCAAAGAGGUAUUUCAGGCAUGGGUAUUUAGUCCCAAGUAUGGCUUCUCGUUUUAGUGGAGUUUUACAAUUGACGGAUUUGGAUGAUUUUAUUGCUCCUUCACAGGAAUGCAUAAAACCUAUUAAGGUUGAAAAGAAGUCUGGAAAAUCUGCUGCAAAAAUUAAAAUUGAAGAAGAUGGGAGUUAUUUUCAGGUAGAGCAGGAUGGAGGUGUCCAGAAGUUGGAAAAAGCUAAAAUUACACUGAAUGACUGUUUGGCUUGUAGUGGAUGUAUUACCUCAGCAGAGAGCGUAUUGAUAACACAGCAGAGUCAUGAAGAACUCUACAGAGUUUUAAACCAAAAUAAGAUUGCAGCAACAAGUCUGCAGAAAAUGGUGGUAGUUUCUGUUUCACCACAGUCUAGAGCAUCCCUGGCUGCACAAUAUAGCCUGAGUAUUGCAGAUGCAACAAGGAAACUAAAUACAUUUUUUAAAACCUUAGGUGUUCACUAUAUCUUUGAUACGACCUUUGCAAGGAACUUCAGCUUGUUAGAAAGUCAGCAGGAGUUUGUGAAUCGUUUUCAGAGGCAGAAGGAGGAUCCAUCAUCUUUACCCAUGUUAGCUUCUGCAUGUCCAGGUUGGAUUUGUUAUGCAGAGAAGACCCAUGGAACAUUCAUUAUACCUUAUAUUAGUACUACAAAAUCUCCACAGCAAAUCAUUGGCUCUUUAGUUAAGGAUUUCUUUGCAAAACAGAAGAAGGUAACACCAGACCAGAUAUACCAUGUUACAGUGAUGCCAUGCUAUGACAAGAAACUGGAGGCAUCUAGAGAAGACUUUUUCAGCAAAGAAUACCAAGUCAGAGAUGUGGACUGUGUAAUUACUUCAGGAGAAGUAUUAAGGAUGUUGGAAAAGGAAGGUGUUUCUUUAUCAGAUUUAAACCCUCUCCCAUUUGAUUCUAUGUUUGACAGUGUGCCUGCUGAUUGUGAUCUCAGCCAUUCAGGAGGUGGUUCAGGUGGUUAUUUAGAGCAUAUCUUUCGUCAUGCUGCCAAAGAGCUCUUUGGAAUGGAAGUAAAGGAAAUUGCUUAUAAGAUUCUAAAGAACAAGGAUUUUCAGGAAGUAGUGCUAGAAAAGGAUGGUGCUGUUUUGCUUCGGUUUGCCAAGGCAUAUGGUUUUAGAAACAUUCAGAACCUAAUGCAGAAGAUGAAACGUGGAAAAUCCCCAUAUCAUUAUGUUGAGGUCAUGGCUUGCCCUUCAGGUAAGCAUUUAUGA